AUGACAGGAUUAGCCUCAAAAUGGGCAGAUGAUGAGUCUUUAAUUAAUGAAGCUAAUUCCCAAGAUAAAAUUCAUUCUCCAACAAAACUAAAAGGUAAUCGGGAUAAACCAAUAAAUGUCGAAAAAUGUCAAAAAUUACAAAGUAAAUGGGCCGAUGCUGAUAAUAUUAAUAUACAUCAAGAUAAAGAAAAGAAUAAAGACAAUAAUUUCUCGUAUCUAACUCCACCAGCAUCCAGAAAUCUGCAUCAAAUAGAAUAUAAUAGUGGAAAUAGGAGAUAUGAUACGCAAAAUAGCGCAAGGCAUCACCACGAAAGACUUAACAGACAGGAGCAGUAUGUAAACGACAGACAAGGACGGUAUACAAACGACAGACAAGAGAGACAAGAGAGACAAGAGAAGCAAGAGAGACACGAGAGACAAGAGAGACAAGAGAGACAAGAGAGACACGAGCAUAAUAAUUACAAGCAGAAUAAACACGAUAAUAAUGAUACCAAUAGGCAUGAUCAUAAUAAUAGGAAGUAUAUUAACGAACAUUAUUCAAAUAAAGAACAUCGUGGACAUUUUAAACAAGGAAGAGACAGUAGACAUGAUAGAAAACAUAAUGAAUAUUAUUCCAAUGAGAUUAGUUCAAACACAAUUCAUACUAAAAAUGUUCAACAUGGUAAUGAUUUCACAUUAAAUGGAAAAGAUGAUGAUGAUGAUAGAAUUGCAAUGACGCCAGCUGCGAAAGCUUUGGCUGAUAGACUAACAUUGGCGACAACGAGUAAGUCAAAUGAUGAUGUAGAUUACAGCUAUGCAAAAAUAGAUCAUGAUGAAAGAGAAAGAGAAAUAUCGAAGCAUGAAAUAUCCAAGAAUAAUCCAUUACUUGACAGACUUGAAACAUUAAGUCUAAAGAAUAAAACAACAAGCCGUUCUAAUAAGAACCGUAAACAGAAUAAACAAGUGUCAAGUCAUCAUGAAAUUCCAAAACAAAGAAAAGAAAGUGAAUUGGUCGAACAAGAGAAACAAAAACAAUUGGAACAAGAAUUAAAAGAAGAACAAGAUAAAAAUGAUUUAUUGAAGAUGUUAGAAGAUUUAGAAGGUAAGAAAUUAGAUUGGGCCAGUUUUGAUUAG